AUGUCUGAAAUUCCCUUUGCCAUGAGUCCUCUAAUUGUUGUUGCCAUGUCUCUCAUGCAAGACCAGGUUGAAGCUGCUCUUAAUUCAAUCCGUCCCAACUUAAUCAUCUUCGACGUCGCUCACUGGAUCCCACCCUUGGCCCGUCGCUUAGGGAUCACCUCCAUCCAGCACUCCAGCGUCGGACCUUCCUCCGUGGCUCACAACUUGGUCCCUGCACGCAAUCUAAGCAAGGGUCAACACUACACCGAACUCAUGCGUCCCUUGCCCGGCUUCCCUUCUUCAUCUAUUCAACUACAAGUAUUUGAAGCUCGCUCUAUAAUGGAAUUCUGGACUCGGGACUUCAUCGGUGGGAUGACAUUCCACGACAUUCUCUUGGCCUCCCUGAGGGAUUGUGAUGCAAUCUCCAUGAGGACUUGUAGGGAGGUUGGAGGUCCCUACUGCGACUACGUUGAGAUCCAACAUGGGAAGCCGGUCUUGCUGUCUGGACCCUCGCUGCCUGAUCCACCCACCACCAAACUAGAGGAGCGGUGGGUAAAGUGGCUUGGAGGGUUCGAGAGGGGAUCCGUGGUGUAUUGCGCACUGGGGAGCGUGUGUCAUCUCAAGAAGGAGGAAUUACAUGAGCUGGUGCUGGGUCUUGAAUCCACUGGGUUGCCUUUCUUAGCUGCACUGAAACCUCCGUCUGGGUGUGCCACUAUGGAAGAAGUAUUGCCCCAAGGUUUCCAAGAAAGGGUGAAAGGAAGAGGGGUGGUUCAUGGGGGUUGGGUGCAACAGACCCUAAUAUUGGAGCACCCAUCGGUGGGGUGUUUCAUAACACACUGUGGGGGAUCUUCUACCUGGGAAUCCUUAAUGAAUGAUUGUCAAGUGGUGGUGUUACCACAAAUGGACGACCAGUUUUUUAAUGCCAGGUUGUUGACUGAAGAUCUGAAGGUGGCCGUGGAGGUGAAGAGAAGGGACGAGGAUGGAUGGUUCACAAAGGAGGACGUGUGCAUGGCGGUGAAAAAGGUAAUGGACGACAACAGCAAGGUUGGUAAUGAAUUGAGAGCCAAUCACACCCGUUGGAAGCAGGUGUUGUUAAGGCCAGACCUCGAGUCUUCCUAUCUCGACGGUUUCUUGCAGAAGCUAUUCGAAAUUACCAAAAUCCCACCACCAUGCCAUGCUUAA